UUUCAUCGUUGCAAGCAUAAUGUCGCACAGGAAGUUCAGUGCCCCCCGGCAUGGGUCUAUGGGAUUCUACCCCAAGAAGAGAUCUCAGCGUCAUCGUGGUAAAGUGAAGGCCUUUCCGAAAGAUGAUCCGAGCAAACCAGUACAUUUGACUGCGUUCGUUGGAUAUAAGGCCGGUAUGACCCACGUGGUCAGGGAAGCUGAUCGUCCAGGAUCAAAGGUAAAUAAAAAGGAAAUUGUAGAAGCUGUUACAGUCCUUGAGACACCGCCGAUGAUCGUGGUUGGCGUAGUCGGUUACAUAGAAACUCCGCACGGACUGCGUGCUCUUACCACAGUUUGGGCAGAACAUCUUUCCGAAGGCUGUCGUAGGAGGUUCUACAAGAAUUGGUACAAGAGCAAGAAGAAGGCAUUUACGAAGGCUUCCAAGAAAUGGCAAGAUGAUCUUGGUCGAAAAUCCAUUGAAAACGACUUAAGCAAGAUUAUAAAGUAUUGCAAAGUUGUAAGAGUUAUUGCUCACACGCAGAUGAGAUUGUUGAAACAACGCCAGAAGAAAGCCCAUAUUAUGGAGAUUCAACUCAAUGGGGGAACUAUCGAACAGAAGGUUCAAUGGGCUCGUGAACACCUAGAGAAGCCUGUGCCGAUUAGCAGUGUUUUUGCUUCGGAUGAAAUGAUCGACGUGAUUGGAGUCACGAAAGGAAAAGGGUACAAAGGUGUUACGUCGCGUUGGCAUACAAAGAAACUACCACGCAAGACACAUAAGGGAUUGAGGAAAGUUGCUUGCAUCGGUGCUUGGCAUCCAAGUCGUGUAUCAUUCACUGUUGCUCGUGCUGGUCAAAAAGGUUAUCAUCAUCGUACAGAGAUGAAUAAAAAGAUUUACAGAAUCGGUCAAGGGAUUCAUACCAAGGAUGGCAAGAUUGUAAAGAACAAUGCUUCUACAGAGUACGAUCGUACCGAAAAGACGAUUACUCCUAUGGGCGGUUUCCCUCAUUAUGGUGAAGUGAACAAUGACUUCGUUAUGAUUAAAGGCUGUUGCAUGGGACCAAAAAAACGUGUAAUUACUCUACGCAAGUCAUUGUUGGUGCAUACUAAGCGAUCCGCAUUGGAGAAGAUCAAUCUUAAAUUCAUCGACACCAGCUCCAAAUUUGGACAUGGUCGUUUCCAGACCGCUGCUGACAAAGCUUCUUUCAUGGGCCAACUUAAGAAAGACCGUGUUCGCGAAGAACAGGCUAAAGCCACAACCUCUGCGCCAACGGCUGCAGCUGCACAGUAAAUAUUUCCUGCUGUGUACAGUAAAUAAUAAAAUUCCUUAAAAAGCG